ACGCCCCUCCCCUCUCUGUAAACCGUCACAAAUGCCACUUCCUGGUGUGAUUUUGUAGGGGGAAUGUAACGCUGCAUCAAAGAUGGCUUAUUAUCGACCAUCGUUUUGUUCAUUUAGGAUAAACAUUGUGAAAGAAUAAGAGAUAUAUUGCACGAACAGAAGGCGGAGAGCCGGUGGUAGUUGUCGCGAGCAGUGUUAGCACUCUCGUCGCACUACGCACCGCUUGCUCUCUCAUUGCGCUAACUUGUCCCACUGUGCUAGCUAGUUAGCUCUCAUAGUAAAUAUUAGCUAGCCUAGCUAGCUUGCUUACUGUUGAUUGCUAAAAUGGCCACCAUGGAGAAAUUGAUGAAGGCCUUUGAAAGUCUGAAGUCAUUCCAGCAGCAGCAGGGACCACCAACCGCCGAGGAGCUCGUCCAGAGGCAGAAAAAGGAACAGGCUACCACAAAGAAGGACCGGGUCACACACUGCCUGACGAUAUGUGAAAACAUUGUGGCUCAGUCUCUGAGAACUUCUCCAGAGUUUCAGAAACUGCUGGGCAUUGCCAUGGAGAUGUUCCUGCUCUGCAGCGAUGACAGCGAAUCAGACGUCCGGAUGGUGGCCGACGAGUGCCUGAACAAAAUCAUCAAAGCUUUGAUGGACUCAAACCUGCCUAGACUGCAGCUGGAACUGUACAAAGAAAUUAAAAAGAACGGGGCCUCUCGGAGCCUGAGGGCAGCUUUGUGGAGAUUUGCUGAGCUCGCUCACCUCAUCAGACCACAGAAAUGCAGACCUUACCUGGUCAACCUGUUGCCAUGCCUCGCUCGAAUCACCAAGCGGCAGGAGGAGACGGUGCAGGAGACUCUGGCUGCUGCAAUGCCCAAGAUCAUGGCCGCCUUGGGGCACUUCGCCAAUGAUGGCGAGAUCAAGGUGCUGCUGAAGUCAUUUGUGGCCAACCUGAAGUCCAGCUCCCCCACCAUCAGACGGACAGCAGCCAGCUCAGCCGUCAGUGUGUGCCAACACUCCAGGCGCGCCAGCUACUUCUACACAUGGCUCCUUAACAUGCUGCUGGGUCUGCUGGUCCCAGUGGAUGAGGAGCACCUCAGCCACCUAAUUCUGGGGGUGCUGUUAACCCUUCGCUACCUGAUGCCUCUGCUCCAGCAGCAAGUCAACACCACCAGCCUCAAAGGAAGCUUUGGAGUCACGAGGAAGGAGGCUGACGUACAGCCGACACCCGAACAACUGCUGCAGGUGUACGAGUUGACCCUACACUACACACAGCACUGGGAUCACAAUGUGGUCACAGCAGCUCUGGAGCUCCUGCAGCAGAUGUUCAGGACUCCCCCGCCAGAGCUUCUGCACAUGCUCAUCACCGCAGGCAGCAUUCUUCACGGCACUGUUUUCCGCCAGGACAUAGAGAGCCGAGCACGCUCCAGCAGCAUCCUGGAGCUCAUCGCAGGGGGAGGGUCUUCCUGCAGUCCACUCCUUCUCAGGAAACAAAGAGGUAAAAUGCUUUCUGGGGAGGAGGAUGGGUUGGAUGAUGAUGCAGAGAGAACAGAGGUCACUACUGGUGUCUUCACAGCGACAGUCGCCGCUGCGGACGGCUCCUCUGCGGCCCAGGUGGACAUCAUCACCGAGCAGCCGCGCUCCUCCCAGCACACCCUGCAGGCCGGCGACUCCGUGGACCACAGCGCCUCCUCGGAGCAGGGCGGAGGCGGGACUUCUGCAUCGGACACUCCCGAGUCACCCAAUGACAACGAGGAGGAAAUGCUGAGUCGGAGCUCCAGCGGCGGGGCCAACGUCACUCCGGAGACGGCAGACUACACCACACCAGAGACGGAGGGAGGGCCCGGAGAAGGAGCGACUCUGCUGGGCACUAAUGAUGGCUCACUUCCACCCAGCGACUCCUCCCAGACCACCACAGAGGGACCAGACUCGGCUGUCACACCUUCAGACGUAGCAGAGCUGUCGCACACUCCAUUGCCGCAGGUGACUGAGCCGUCUCCUCCCUCGCCAACUUCCACCGAGGGUCCCGAUGCCACAGACAGCGACUCUUCUGUCUACACUGCUUCCUCUUCGUCUUCUUCUUCUUUCUCUUUCUCCUCCUCUUCCUCCUUCUAUGCCACCUCCUGCUCCUCUAGCACUAGUGACAAGGUGCUGGAUGGCAGUGAGAGCCAGUACUCCGGGAUGCAGAUCGGGACGUUACAGGAUGAAGAAGAUGAAGGAGCAGCACCUUCCUCGCAAGAAGAACCCUCCGGACCAAUCCUGCAGUCGGCCCUGGCGCUGAGCAAACCUCAUCUCUUCGAAGGCCGAGGUCACAACCGGCAGUGUUCAGACAGCAGCGUGGACCGCUUCGUACCAAAGGAUGAACCUGCUGAACCCCAACCUGACAAUAAGCCAUCACGAAUAAAGGGUCCCAUUGGACAUUAUACUGACCAGGGGGUGGAGCCGCUGGUGCACUGUGUACGGCUUCUUGCUGCUUCCUUCCUACUGACGGGACAAAAGAAUGGUCUGACCCCUGACAAGGAGGUGCGAGUGAGCGUGAAGGCUCUGGCGGUCAGCUGUGUUGGGGCAGCAGCAGCGCUGCACCCUGAAGCCUUCUUUAAUUCCCUCUACCUGGAGCCGCUGGACGGCAUCCCGGUUGAAGAGCAGCAGUACAUCAGUGACAUGCUGGGCCUCAUUGCCCAUGGGGACCCCCAGAUCAGAGGGGCCACAGCCAUCCUCUGUGCAGCCAUCAUACAAGCUGCACUCACCAAAACACGCUACAACAUACACACCUGGCUGGCCAGCGUGCAGAGUGCAACAGGUAACCCUCUGUCCCUGGUGGACUUGGUGCCUUUGCUCCAGAAAACUCUGAAAGAUGAAUCCUCUGUCACCUGCAAGAUGGCUUGCUCUGCAGUGAGGCACUGCCUCAUGACUGUGUGCAGCAGUACCCUGAGUGAGCUCGGCCUGCAGUUGGUGAUAAACCUUCUUGCUCUGAGGGACUCGUCCUAUUGGCUUGUUCGCACGGAGCUCUUGGAGACCCUGGCUGAGAUGGACUUUCGGUUAGUUAAUUUCCUGGAGAGGAAAACGGAGACUUUGCACAAAGGGGAUCAUCACUACACUGGGCGGCUGCGGCUGCAGGAGAGAGUCCUUAAUGAUGUGGUCAUCCGUCUGUUGGGAGAUGAUGACCCCAGAGUCCGGCACGUGGCUGCCUCUGCUGUCAGCAGGCUGGUUUCCAGGUUGUUCUAUGACUGUGACCAGGGUCAAGGGGACCCAGUAGUGGCUAUUGCCCGGGACCAGAGUUCAGUCUACCUGCAGCUGCUGAUGCAUGAGACACAACCCCCCUCCCAGUUCACAGUUAGCACAAUCACAAGGACGUACCGGGGCUACAACUUGUCCAACAAUGUGUCUGACGUCACAGUCGAGAACAACUUGUCCAGAGUCGUGACCGCCGUCUCCCAUGCGUUCACCUCCUCUUCCUCCAGAGCCCUGACUUUUGGCUGCUGUGAAGCCUUGUGCCUCCUGGCUUUAAAUUUCCCAGUGUGCACUUGGAGUACAGGCUGGCACUGUGGCUAUGUUAGCUCCAGUAGCAGCUUUUCUUCCCGCUCUAGUCUCAGCCGCAGCAGAGGCCGGGCCCUUAGUGUGUCACAGCCUAGCGGUGCUUCAGCCUCUUCAUCCGCACCAGAUAACGAGCGGAGGACUCUGACAGUCGGAAUGGCCAACAUGGUCCUCUCUUUACUCUCCUCUGCCUGGUUUCCACUGGAUCUUUCUUCACACCAGGAUGCACUUUUGCUUUCUGGCAAUCUGCUAGCUGCUGUGGCCCCGAAAUGCAUGCGCAACCCCUGGGCCGGAGAGGAAGAAGGCACGAACCCCAACCCAAAUAAGAUGGAGGAGCCAUGGGCGGGGCUGUCGGAGCGCUCCCUGGUGGCCAUGGUGGAGCAGCUCUUCUCUCACCUGCUGAAGAUCCUCAACAUCUGUGCCCAUGUGCUGGAUGACACACCACCGGGACCAGCGGUGAAGGCCACCCUCCCCUCCCUGAGCAACACCCCCUCCCUCAGUCCCAUCCGCAGAAAAGGCAAGGAGAAGGAUGCUGCUGAGCCCAGUGCUGCUCCUAUGAGCCCAAAGAAAAGCAACGAGGUCAACACAGGCAGGCCAGCAGACAGCACAACCGCCAUAAACAAAUCUACCACCUUCGGCAACUUCUACCACCUGCCCCCCUACCUCAAGCUCUAUGACGUCCUCAAAGCCACACAUGCCAACUUCAAGGUGACGCUGGACCUCCACAGCAGCCAGGAGAAGUUUGGAGGUUUCCUGCGAGCUACUCUCGAUGUUCUCUCUCAGCUCCUGGAGCUGGCCACACUGCAUGACAUCAGUAAGUGUGUGGAGGAGAUCUUGGGCUACCUCAAGUCCUGUUUCUCCAGAGAACCAACCAUGGCUACUGUUUGUGUACAACAGGUCAGUAGUCUACUUUAUGUCUCUGGUUGUAGAUUUUAUGUGUCCUCACAGAUGCACCUGGACUCUCCGGAGGCGUUGGGAGUGUUGAACACUCUGUUUGAGACGGUAGCGCCCUCCUCUCUCAGACCGGUAGACAUGCUGCUCAAGAGCAUGUUCACCACCCCGAUAACCAUGGCGUCGGUAGCUACAGUCCAGCUGUGGGUGUCCGGUAUCCUGGCGGUGCUCCGGGUACUCGUCUCCCAGUCCACUGAGGACAUUGUCCUGUCACGGGUCCACGAGCUGUCUCUCACCCCGCAUCUCCUCUCCUGCCACACAAUCCGUCGCCUGCAUCAGCAGAGCCUCUCCCCGAGUGACCCGCCCACUGCCGACACACUCGUCGACCAGGAGCCUGUCGGUGAGGCACAAAAGGCCCCGCCUGAGGAAACCUUUGCCAGGUUCCUUCUCCAGCUGGUAGGAGUGCUGCUGGAGGACAUUUCCUCCAGACAGGUUAAAGUGGACAUUACAGAGCAGCAACACACCUUCUACUGCCAGCAGCUGGGCACACUGCUCAUGUGUCUCAUACAUGUCUUCAAAAGUGGAAUGUUUCGCAGGAUCACCGCUGCAGCUACUCGUCUCCUAAAGGGUGAGGGUGGAGGUGGACAGACCGGCGCAGAGGCCGCUCUGUUUUACCCCUUGGAGGGGCUGAACAGCUUGGUGCAGUGCCUGAUCACCACCCACCCCUCUCUGGUGCUGCUCUGGUGCCAGGUCCUCCUCAUCAUCGACUACACCAACUACUCCUGGUGGGCUGAGGUGCACCAAACACCCAGGGGACACAGCCUCUCGUGCACAAAGCUGCUGAGUCCUCACUCCUCAGGGGAAGGAGAGGAGGACACGCCCGAGGCGCGGUUAGCUAUGGUCAACCGAGAGAUCGUACGCAGGGGAGCCCUCAUCCUCUUCUGUGACUAUGUGUGUCAGAACCUCCAUGACUCGGAGCAUCUGACCUGGCUGAUUGUCAACCACGUGCGUGACCUCAUCAGCCUUUCCCAUGAACCUCCAGUGCAGGAUUUCAUCAGCGCUGUGCACCGCAACUCAGCUGCCAGCGGCCUCUUCAUCCAGGCCAUCCACUCCCGCUGUGACAACCUCAGUACUCCUACCACGUUGAAGAAGACUCUGCAGUGUUUGGAAGGCAUCCACCUGAGUCAGUCUGGCUCCCUGCUGAUGCUGUACGUGGACAAGCUGCUCAGUACUCCCUUCAGGGUUCUGGCUCGCAUGGUGGACACACUGGCGUGUCGCAGAGUGGAGAUGCUGCUGGCUGAGACGCUACAGAACAGUGUGGCUCAGCUGCCUGUGGAAGAACUGGACCGGAUCCAGGAAUACCUCCAGACCAGCGGCCUGGCUCAGAGGCAUCAGAGGUUUUACUCCCUGCUGGACAGGUUCAGAGCCACGGUUGCCGGCACCAGCAGCCCCACAGCUCCUGUGACGUCACACCCCUUGGAUGGGGAUCCACCACCUGCCCCCGAGCUGGUCUCUGCAGAUAAGGAGUGGUACGUGGCUCUGGUGAAGUCUCAGUGUUGUCUUCGUGGAGACGUUUCCCUGUUGGAGACGACAGAACUCCUCACCAAACUACUGCCCACUGACCUAUUUGACAUCAUGAGCUGCAAGGAGUUCAACCUAAGCCUGCUGUGUCCAUGUCUCAGUAUGGGGAUGCAGCGGUUAGCACGAGGUCAGGGGUCGCUUUUGUUGGAGACGGCUCUGCAGGUGACCCUAGAGCGGCUCGCAGGGGUCACCGGGUCACUUCCUGUCCCCCACCAGUCCUUCCUGCCGCCCGCCCAGUCACAGCCCUACUGGAACCAACUAGCUGCUGUGUAUGAUGAGCCCGGUUUCUACCCCAGGGUUCUGUCGCUCUGCAGAGCUCUGUCCCAGUACCUGCUGAGUGUGAGCCAGCUGCCGUCCUCACUACACAUCUCCUCUGACAAGGAACACCUCAUCACUACUUUCACCUGCACUGCUGCCGAGGUCGUAGCGUGGCAUCUCCUCCAGAACCAGUUGCCCCUGAGUGUGGACCUGCAGUGGGCUCUGUCCUGUCUGUGUCUGGCCCUGCAGCAGCCCUGUGUCUGGAACAAACUCUCCACCCUGGAGUACACCACACACACCUGCUCCCUCAUCUACUGCCUGCACCUCAUCAUUGUUGCAGUGGCUGUGAGUCCUGGUGACCAGCUUCUGCAUCCAGAGAAGAAAAAGACGAAGGCCGAGAGAGAGGCUGAAGAAGAUGAAGUUGACUCUGCGCAUGCUGACCACACGUGCGAGUGGCGGGUGUGUGAGAUCAUGGCGGAGCUGGUGGAAGGCCUGCAGAGCAUCCUCUCCCUGGGUCACCAUAGAAACAGCGCAUUCCCCGCUUUCCUCACACCGACCUUGCGCAACAUUGUCAUCAGUCUGUCCCGCCUGCCUCUGGUCAACAGCUACACCCGAGUACCUCCACUGGUUUGGAAACUGGGCUGGUCCCCUCAGCCAGGAGGAGAGUACGGCACCACGCUGCCCGAGAUCCCGGUGGACUUCCUGCAGGAAAAGGACGUCUUCAGAGAGUUCCUCUACCGCAUCAACACACUGGGCUGGAGCAGCAGGACUCAGUUUGAGGAGACCUGGGCCACACUGCUGGGGGUGCUGGUCACCCAACCCAUCACUAUGGACCAGGAGGAGGAGGCACAGCAGGAGGAGGACUUGGAGCGUACCCAGUUGAAUGUGUUAGCGGUGCAGGCCAUCACCAGCCUGGUGCUGAGUGCCAUGACCCUGCCCACUGCUGGCAACCCUGCAGUCAGCUGUCUGGAACAGCAGCCCCGCAACAAGAGCCUCAAAGCCCUGGAAACACGGUUUGGAAGGAAACUUGCAGUGAUCAGGGGCGAGGUGGAGAGAGAGAUUCAGGCUCUUGUGUCUAAGAGAGACAAUGUUCAUACACACCACCCGUACCACGCCUGGGACCCUGUGCCCUCUUUAUCGGCAGCCUCAGCUGGUAACACAAAA